ACGUGACGGCAUUUGUUGUGUCAGCGCCGCACGGCCUCUGCGCCGCAAUGUCACCACGCUCAUCUUUAUAGCGGUUAUAGUACCGAAGACGGAUAUUUAUCGACUGCAAUAGUUCAUUCAAUGCUAACGGUUUGAAUGCGACGUUAUUGCCGUAUGACGGAGAGACUGACGUAGCGCGAGGUUGUGAAGAUCUGUUGUUUGCGAUGGCUGUGUUGCAACAGUUCGGAUUGCUGCUCUGGAAAAACUACAUUCAUCAAAAGCGCCAGAUCGUGGUCACGCUGGUUGAGAUCGCUCUGCCUUUGCUCUUUUCGGUCAUCUUGAUCGUCUUGCGGCAAAAGGUUACUUACACCAUCUACCCUAAUGCAACGCACUACCACAGCUUCCACGUGAACGACCUGCCGGGCGAGGUCUGCUUCAAGGACCUGGCGUACGUUCCCGGCAACGCCAGCGUGGUGAGGCAGAUCGCCGAGGACGUUCAGCAAAGCCUAAAGUGGUGCAUCAAUUCUGUCCGGGGCUUUGAAACAGAGGAACAGUUUGAGACGUUUGUGAAGACCGAUCCACAGUCGAGCGACGUCUUGGCAGCUGUUGUGUUUGAGCACACAUUCACCUCUGAUGAUGAGCCACUUCCCCUGCAGGUUGCCUAUCAUCUCCGUUUCUCGUACAGCCCUCGAAAUGCUCCGGCUCGCGAGAAAUCCGAGCUUAACCCAAACAAUGAUCUGGACUGGCACACCCUCAGCCUCUUCCCGCUUUUCCAGCUUCCCGGGCCCAGAGAACAACAUGAUCCACGUGGUGGCACUCCAGGAUAUUUCCGCGAGGGCUUUCUGCAUGUCCAGCAUGCGGUGGACAAGGCCAUCAUGAAGGCUUUCAACAGCACGGCAGCGUCGGCCCUCCUCGACCAAACCCACGUGCGGCUCUCCCGCUUUCCCUUCCCGCCGUUCAUCUAUGACGUCUUUAUUCUGGCCAUACAGAACCAGCUGCCCUUGCUCCUUGUGCUCAGCUUCACAUACACGUCUCUGAACAUCGUUCGUGCGGUGGUGCAGGAGAAAGAGAGGAAGCUGAAGGAGUACAUGCGCAUGAUGGGUCUCAGUAACUGGCUGCAUUGGAGCGCCUGGUUCCUUAUGUUCUUCCUCUUCCUGUCCAUCUCCAUCUUCUUCGUCACUUUGCUCUGCUGUAUCAAGGUGAGUCCCAACGGAGCAGUGUUGACCUACAGUGACCCAACGCUGGUGUUCGUCUUUCUGCUUGUGUUUGCGGUGUCCACCAUCAACUUCAGCUUCAUGGUCAGCGUCUUCUUCUCCAGAGCGAAUGUGGCAGCAGCCGCGGGCGGCUUCAUUUACUUCCUGAGCUACCUGCCGUAUCUCUUCCUGUGGCCUCGCUAUGACCUGCUGUCACACGCCCAGAAAGUCUCCGCCUGUCUCAUCUCCAAUGUGGCUAUGGCCAUGGGAGCCCAACUGAUCGGCAUGUUUGAGGGCAAAGGGACGGGCAUCCAGUGGCAUAACCUAUUUGAUCCGGUGACGGUGGACGAUGACUUCUCUCUGGCUCAGGUGCUUGGACUGCUACUGCUGGACGCUCUGCUGUACGGCCUGGUCGCCUGGUACGUCGAAGCGGUGUUCCCCGGAGAGUACGGAGUCCCUCUGCCAUGGUAUUUCUUCAUCCUGCCAUCAUACUGGUGCAGUAGUCCUCGCGUGGCCUUCCUGAAAGAGAAAGAGGACGAGGAAGAUGCCGAGAAGGCCCAGAUCAGCGAGUUCAUCGAGGAAGAGCCAGCUGGUCUGGUCUCAGGAGUCAAGAUCAAACAUUUAGCAAAGGUGUUUAAAGUGGGCAGUAAGACCAAAGAAGCAGUGAGAGACUUAACAAUCAACAUGUUUGAAGGCCAAAUCACCGUCCUGUUGGGUCACAAUGGAGCUGGCAAGACCACCACACUGUCAAUGCUCACAGGUCUCUUCCCUCCCAGCAGCGGUUGUGCAUACAUUAAUGGUUAUAAUAUAUGUCAAGACAUGGCUCUGAUCCGCCGCAGUCUGGGUUUGUGUCCACAGCACGACGUCCUCUUCGACAAUCUCACCGUCCGAGAACAUCUGCUCUUUUACACACAGCUAAAGGGUUUCCCUCGCAAAAUGAUCCCAGACGAGGUUGAGCGCAUCAUUCACAUUCUUAACCUGGAAGAUAAGCGGGAUGCCAAAUCCAAGACUCUGUCCGGAGGGAUGAAGAGGAAGCUUUCCAUCGGCAUCGCCCUCAUCGGAGACUCUAAGGUGGUGAUGCUGGACGAGCCCACCUCGGGUAUGGACCCAUCAGCCCGACGGUCCACCUGGGACCUGCUGCAGGGCGAGAAGCGAGGCCGUACCAUCCUGCUCACCACACACUUCAUGGACGAAGCCGAUCUGCUGGGCGAUCGGAUCGCCAUCAUGGCUGGCGGAGAACUGCAGUGCUGCGGCUCUCCGCUCUUUCUCAAAAACAAAUACGGUGCUGGUUACCACAUGGUGAUCGUAAAGGAUGCUUUAUGUAACGUGUCGGAGAUCACCCGUCUGGUCCACAUGUAUGUGCCAAACGCUACAUUAGAGAGCAGCGCUGGAGCUGAGCUGUCCUACAUACUGCCUAAAGAGAGCACCAACCGAUUUGAGCUGCUGUUUGCCGAGUUGGAGAUGAAUCGAGAGGAGUUGGGCAUCGCCAGCUAUGGAGCGUCAGUCACGACCAUGGAGGAGGUUUUUCUCAGGGUCGGCAAGCUCGUGGACUCCAGUUUGGAUAUUCAGGCCAUCCAGCUUCCGCCUCUGCAGUAUCAGCAUGAACGCAGGUCACAUGACUGGACGACGGACGACUCCAGCAGUGUUAGCGGUAUGACUGACGUGACGGAUUUUACUGACAGCGGCACUUUGAUUUCCGAAGACUGCUCCAACAUCAAACUGAACACGGGGGCUCGACUUUACAUGCAGCAGUUUUACGCCAUGUUCCUGAAGAGGGCGCUCUACAGCUGGAGGAAUUGGAAAGUGAUGGUGGCUCAGUUUUUGGUGCCGCUCAUUUUUAUCGUGUUGGCACUUGUGGUGGCCCGCACUCUUCCCGGGGGCCACAAUGCCCCGCAGCUGCGUCUGCCUUUGGCUAUGUACGGCACUACCCGCGUACCUGUGGCUCUGGAUGCCGAUGCCGGACCGCUGGCCGCAUCUCUGGCUGAGGUUUACGCAGCGCAGCUGCCAUCCCAGAAUGCAAUAGCUGACAUUAAUAUAACAGAUUUUUCAGAUUAUGUGCUGUACAAUUCUAUGAGAGAGGGCGGAGCUUUCAAUGAACGUUGCGUGGUGGGUGCCGCUCUCAGCAAAUCCAGGACUCGCACCGAGAUGAUCGGCUAUUUCAACAAUCAGGGCUAUCACACCUCCGCCACGGCUCUCAUGCUGAUCGACAACGCUCUUUACAAACAGCUGGCUGGACCCAACGCCUCCAUCCUAACCGGAAAUUACCCAAUGCCACGCAAUAUGUCUGAAAACGCCCAAAACCAGCUAUCGGAGGGUUCGACAGGUUUCGCCAUCGCCAUAAACCUCAUGUACGGUAUGGCAUCAUUAGCCAGCACCUUUGCUCUGCUCCUGGUGUCCGAGCGUUCGGUGAAGUCCACGCACGUGCAGAAGGUCAGCGGUGUUUACCUCUCCAACUUCUGGUUUUCUGCCCUGCUGUGGGACCUCGUCAACUUCCUGUUGCCCUGUUUGCUCAUGCUGGUUGUGUUUCGGGGGUUUUCAGUGGACGCGUUUGUGGCUGAAAAUCACCUGGUGGAUGUUCUGCUGUUGUUGCUCUUGUAUGGGUGGGCUGUGAUUCCUCUCAUGUAUCUGCUCAGCUUCCUGUUCUCCACGGCCGCCACCGCGUACACACGCCUCACCAUCUUCAACAUGAUCAGCGGCACGGCCACGUUCCUCGCCGUCGUCAUCUUGAGCAUACCUGAGCUGAAAUUGCAAGAUCUCUCUCAUCUCCUGGAUAAAGUCUUCCUGCUCUUCCCGAACUACUGUCUGGGAAUGUCCUUCAGCCAGUUCUACCAGAACUAUGAGGUCAUCACCUUCUGCACUUCCAGCAAGUUAGCAGAGUACAUCUGCAAAUAUUACAACAUUACAUAUCAAGUCAACUACUUUUCCAUGGAGGAGCCCGGUGUGGGUCGAUUCCUGGUAGCUAUGUCCCUGCAGGGUGUGGUGUUCAUCAUCCUCCUCUUCCUCAUCGAGCUCCAGUGCGUUCACACGCUCCUCAACCUCUGCAGGAGACACAAGAAGGGCCUGCUGCUGGUAGAAGAAGGUCUUCAGCCUGAGGACAGAGACGUCGCGGAGGAGAGGAAGAGAAUUUUAGAGUGUCAGCCGGUGGUCGAGUCCAUGGUGGGCAGCCCACUUAUCCUGCAGGAGCUUAGUAAGGUGUACUCGGGUGGACCGUCGCUGUUGGCUGUGGACCGAUUGUCCCUGGCAGUCGGAAAGGGCGAGUGUUUCGGUUUGCUGGGGUUUAAUGGUGCAGGAAAGACCACAACCUUUAAAAUGUUGACUGGAGAUGAAAGCGUAACAUCAGGAGAUGCCUUUAUCGAUGGUUACAGCAUCCUCCGAGAUGUGAAAAAGGUUCAGCAGAGGAUUGGCUAUUGUCCUCAGUUUGACGCUGUGUUGGAUCACAUGACGGGACGUGAGACCUUGAGCAUGUACGCCCGAUUAAGAGGCAUUCCAGAGAAAUAUGUGUCAGCGUGCGUCGAAAACGUCCUGCGUUCACUGCUGAUCGAACCCCAUGCUGACAAACUGGUCCGCAGCUACAGCGGUGGUAAUAAGAGGAAGUUGAGUGCAGGCAUGGCUCUGAUCGGAGGGCCGCCUGUGAUUUUUCUGGAUGAGCCGUCGACUGGCAUGGACCCUGUGGCCCGCCGCCUGCUAUGGGACGCAAUUACACGCACCAGAGAGUCUGGCAAAGCCAUCAUCAUAACAUCACACAGUAUGGAGGAGUGUGAGGCGUUGUGUACGCGGUUGGCUGUCAUGGUAAACGGUCAGUUUAAGUGUCUGGGCAGCCCGCAGCACCUGAAGAGUAAAUUUGGGAGUGGUUACACACUACUGGCAAAGGUUCACAUGGAGGGAGAUUUAGGGGAAAUGGAUCUUCAGCUCUUUAAAGACUUUAUUGAAAGCACUUUUCCAGGAAGUUUAUUGAAGGAUGCACAUCUGGGAAUGGUACACUAUCACUUAACUGAUAAAACCCUCACCUGGGCACAGGUGUUUGGGGUUUUAGAAACAGCCAAAGAGAAAUACCGCAUCGAGGACUACUGCGUGAGUCAGAUCUCUCUGGAGCAGGUCUUCCUCAGCUUCGCUCAGUUCCAACACUGUUCACAGGACAGCAGGAAAUGACAUCACGAGACAUAAACGGGGCGAUGAGCUCCUUCAGUUUGCCUUCACGUGUUGAAGAGAAAGAGCCUGAGCUAACUGACUCUGGAUGGAGUCACACCACAGGACAUUGCUCAGGUCUUCUCGCAUACACGCAUAACAUACAGAUCUAACAUCUCCCAAACACAACCACUGUGUCACACAGAAACAGGACCACUGUUGCUGUAUUCUGUGUUUAUUUAACGUCCAGGUGUGUGUGUUUGCGAGCGGUUUGAAGGGAUGGGGAAGUUCUUCACAACAUCAUCUCAAAUGGUGCAUCUUGCGUCCUUUGGUUGAAUUUUUAAUCGGUGGUUGAAACCGACUGACAAAUGUCUCAUAAAAUGUCUACUGAGCGCUUGUGUAGGACUGUGAUAUUAUUUAUGAAUGUCUUUUUCGUUUUUUUUUUUUUCAUCUGACUGUGGUCUUAAUGGUACGUGUGCUUGCCUCUUUCAAAUAAACUAAGCGAAAAAGGUGAAAGCUUAUACGAAUAUGGGACUUAAAGAAUGGGAAAUAAAUAAAAAAAAUGCUGCAUUUUUUUGCAAUUAGUAAGUAAAUAAAUAUAAAGUUUUAUAUUUAUCAAAUAGUUUUGUUCCACAUUUAUUUGCUAUUUAUUAUCAGUUAUUUGGCAGACAUCAGUUUCUCUUAUUGAAUUGAAUGUGCACUCGAAAAAAUGCUGGGUUUGGUCAAAAAAGGGAUGAACCCAAGCAUUUGGGUUGUAAUUUAACAUGUGUUGAGAUGUUUUAACCCAUUUUUGGGUUAAUAAAAGUCCUCAUCGAGUCACAUCAAAAUAAUCAACAUUCCUUUAUAUUUCAGUAAAAAUAUAGAAAUGCUUCAAAAAAAAAUCCCUUCAAAUGUUUUAAUGCGUUUUCACCCAACAUUUCCAAUUAUAAUCUUGUUUUAUGUAUAUAGUAACGUGUAAAACCACCAGGAUUUGACUGUUGUAAAAUGUUUAUUUCAUAUCGGACCACUAGAGGGCUCAGAGUCAUUUCGAUAUGCAAAAUGCCUACUUAUGUGAUGAGAACCAAAAACCACAAUGUUAAAUCUUAUUAAUGAAUGAUCUUUAGUUACGUCCAUCUCUUUAGUUACGGGAAUUUGUGUUCAUUGGAUCAGUUAUUUACUACUUGCACUACUAAUGUGGACCAAUUCAUUCACAUUCAGAUCCAUAAUCGUUUUUUUUUUUUUUUUUUUGGAAGGUUGGUAAAGCAUUCUGACUUGAACUGCUGCAAUGAAUUUAAUGAGACAGUGGGCUUCAUUCAUGAAACCUGACUUGCAAGCCGUGUAGUCGUACUUGCAAGCUUUCUUAUAAGAUUUUUUGUUAAUGCAACAUUAUGCACAAGAGUGGUUCAUGAGUGAAGCCUUAAAGAAACACUACAAAAAAAUAAAAAAAAUUAUUAUAAAGUUACAACACCGUCCGCUUGAAGUUAAGUGACUUAAUGUGUUAGGAGAAGUAAAAAGUGCUGCUGAAUUCAUAUAAAGUGCAUUAAAGUUGAUUCUUUAUAACAUCGGCGAGUCUUCAUCAGAUUGCAUGUUUAACUUACUUCCAUUCUUUACUUUGCAUCGGUGCAUCUUUCCGUCCAGAUUCACCUUUAUUGAAUGUAAUUUUUUAGCGGUGGGAAAAACUCGGGGUUUAUUCGUCACCGUAACCCUGACGUAGACAAAACUGACAUAAUACAGGGCUUUAUUGGUGACUUGAUCACAGAUUUUGUAUGUUUUGUUUUUCAUGAAUUGAUCUGUUUGUCAUACUCUUUGCACAGUGCUCUGGCUGUUGUGUCUGAUCUGCUUGAUAUGAAACUGAAAUAUUGCAUUUUGAAGAGAAAGAAGGUGAACCUGAAAAUGUUAAUGAUGACAAUGUUGAUUUAAAAUGGUUGUGUAUACUAUAACACAAAGGGAAUUGUAAUCCUGACUACUGUAUCACUAAAUUAACCAUGUGUAAAAUAUAAGUAUUGACAUUUCUUUUUUUUUAAUUAAAUCUGCCUUGUGCAAAUUAA